UGGCUCGCUUUACCCACUCAGUUGUUCAAUAAAACAUCUCUUUUUUCCACAAAAUUGCUUUCGUGAUUCCUGCGCAUCUUUAGAAAAAAUUCGAUUUUCGGUUAGACGGUGUUCCAGUGGUAGGAAGUACUCAUCAUUAAUCACGCUAACAACAUACAGUUGCACAGUAAUGUGGAAGAAGGAGAUCCUCUAUUUCGGGAGAACAGCUUGAUUUUGUACGGUUUUGGUUGUGUCGAAUUAUGUUGAAUUUUUUCCUUGAAAUUGCUGUAGCGAUUCACUCCUAGAUGUCACCUAAGUAUUAUUGUGAUUUGUCAUAAUAACCAGAAAACAUGGAGGGUGUUGAUGAUUCUGCUGGAACUGCUAAUCAAGCAGAUUUACACGAUGAAAAUAAAAGAUAUUGCUGGGUAUGUUUCGCCACGGACGAAGAUGACUGCACCGCCCUAUGGGUGCAACCUUGCCAAUGUAGUGGAACAACAAGAUGGGUUCAUGAGACUUGCCUUCAGCGUUGGGUUGACGAGAAACAGAAGGGAAAUUCAUUGGAAAGGGUACAUUGCCCACAGUGCAAUACCCAAUAUAUUAUUGUUUUCCCUCCAAUUGGAAAACUCAUUCUGGUUCUUGAUAUUGCUGACCGCAUAAUUUACAGAGUGUGUCCAUUCAUAGCAGCUGGGGUUGUAAUUGGUUCUAUAUAUUGGACUGCAGUCACUUAUGGAGCACUUACUAUUAUGCAAGCUGUCGGGGCUAAAGAAGGACUUGCUUUAAUGGAACAAUCAGAUCCACUUUUCCUUCUGAUAGGUCUACCUACGGUUCCUGUUAUGCUUAUACUGGGAAGGUUGGUUCGUUGGGAAGAAGCUCUUUUGGGUUUCCUUAAUAAGAACAUUCCGCGUGUGCCAAUUGUGAAACAUUUACUACCAACUUUUCAAGUAGCAUCUAAUUGUGUGCGUCCCCAUGCACAAAGCACAGAAACCCCUCCUUUCUCCGACCCUGUUUCGGCCACCCGAGUCUUAUGUGGAGCAUUAAUAUUUCCUACAAUGGCUGUGCUUUUUGGGAAGCUACUGUUUCAUCCUGUUCGCUCCAACCUGCAAAAAACGUUCUUUGGAGGAAUUGCAUUUUUGGCGUUGAAAGGAGUAUUGAAAAUCUACUACAAACAACAAAUUCUUAUACGACAACAUCAACGUCGUGUUCUUGACUUUGCCAAACAGCUGACCGAACGUCAAAGGAAGGAAAAAUACCAGCUCUAACCCUUGAACCGCUGACGGAGUAACAAAGUUUCGAGAUUACGUCAAUAUGUAAAUAUAUUAAUCUUGAUUCGAGAAUUAACACCAGUUUGUGUAUUUCAGACAUGUUGACAUUUCUUUUGAAAUGUUAGUUACAGUUAACUUAACACAUCUCAGGUGAGGUGCUGUUACAAUAUAAAUUGUGUAAAAUUA